AGGGCUCUGACCGGGGGUGCCCGCUAGCACUAGCUUCCGCUGAUCUCAAGCCCCGCUCCCCUAUAAUACCCACCUACUAUUGUACUGAGUGGUAAGUACCUACCUACAACGGGCUACCUAGGUAGGUACCGCAUGUACUCAUGAUAUCUACCUGCAAAAUCAACGGACCAACGACUGCAGAUUGUCGACAAGCCAUCCGAAAUUCACGUCAGUAUUUUACCCCCGUUCUUCUAUUCUCCGUGAAAAUUGUUGGUGGGGAGUAAUGCCCAUGAAUUUUCUCGUGCGGACUCUCCCUGUGAGCCGAAAUAUCGUCAGAGCCCUAGGUCUUACCACGCCUCCAGCUGGCCUAAGGACUUUCCAUGGUAUCACUGAGCCUCGCUGCUCUCUCGGUAAACCCGAUGGCAUCAGCGCUCCGAUGACUCCAAAGCUCUUCUUGUAAUGUCCAGAUGCUGUCAUCACCGAAACAUUCUGCUAACAAAGAUACCAGGACUGGCGUCACUGGCUACAUUGGAGGGUCUGUUUUUGCUGCACUGGCUCGGAAACAUCCAGAGUAUGACCUCACUGUCUUGCUCCGCAAGCCGCCCUCCAACUUCAAAAGCCAAUUCCCCAAUGUGAGGGUCAUUCAGGGAAGUUUUGAUGACUCCAAUGUCAUAGCGGAAGCGGCAGCUUCAGCGGACAUCGCCAUCCAUAGUGGCGACGGAGACCACGAGAACGCGCUCAAUUCCAUCAUCAGCGGCUUGUUGUCCCGCGACGCCAAGUCGUACCUGCUCAAGCUCAGCGGCACCGGCACUCUUUACGAAUACCCCGAAACCGAGGCGUACCUGGGACGGUUCAACCCCAAGAUCUACUCUGACGUCGAUGAUAUCGACGAGCUUGUUUCGAGGCCGGACAAUGCGCUACAUCGCUGCACUGACGCCAUUGUUCUCGAGGCCGCAGCUAAACACGGACAUAGCCUCAAGACGGCAAUACUCUGCCCGCCCGACAUCUACGGCCGUGGUCGUGGCCCGGGUCGAAGGACCAGCUACUACAUCCCCUGGUUCGUGGGAGCUAUCCAGAAACUCGGCAGGCCGUUCUACCUCCGAGAUGGCUCGAACAUGAGAGGCUGGGUGCACAUCGACGAUUUCGUGCAGAUCUACAUCUCCCUCGUAGAGGCUGCCGUGGCGGGCGGAGGAUCCGUCUCCUGGGGUAGAGAGGGAUACUUCCUAGCCGCUUCCCAAGAAGCGUCCCAAAGGGACAUAGCAGAGGCGACGGCCAAGAUCCUCUUUGCCCGAGGGGCGAUCUCGAGCGCCGAGGCGCAGUCGAUAUCCAACGAGGAGAUGGCCUCGCUGUUCCCUGACGCGCCCGAAACGGGAUUCUUCUCGUUCGGAUGCAAUUCGCGGAGCAGAGCCGACCGGGCUGGCAAGGAGCUGGGCUAUGUUCCGACAGCGCCUGCUUUCUGGGAUGUUCUGGAAAGUGACUUGGUGGAUGCCAUUGCUGCGACCAAGUGAGAAGUGUCUUGAUUUGUUCGUGCUGGUGUGACGAAUGCGAUAAUGACUCCAAAGCGUGUGCUGGCUUACGUAUUUUAAUGUUAGGCAAUCAAAUGAUGCUACUACACAUGAUGGUUUCGCCUAGAACCUGCGUGAUUACCGUUCCAUGAUGAUGGGUCAGUGAAGCACUCAAUAUUAAGUUGAUCGGAGGUUAAAGACAAGUCUAUUUAAGCUUCCUCCACACUUUGCCGCAAAGAGGCUUGUCAGCCUAAAAAGGCACCGUGAUAAUUUUAUGGUAGAAUUUCAUGAUUAGUAUUUUCACCAAUGAAUAAUUAAUAUGAAGCAUCCUUCUUAUUACCAUUAGGAGUAAUCAUAUUGUCUGAUCAUAAAUCUGCCAGCCCGAGUAUUGACAUUAAGUUGCAGCAGUUUUAGUUCCUACACUCCUAUACUCGUUCCAUGACAGUCGCGCAUGCCCAUAUCUAAACUAUCCAUACGUUUACGAAGUAAGCAAUGCUUCGCUUGUUAGAUCUUGAGCGGCGGGUUAACCUACGGCUCACUUGUGCUUAUCUUUCCUGCUAGGUAGGUACUAACUACUCGGGCAAUGUGGAAGCAUGCAGCUGGCCAGCUUUUGAUGGAGCAGUGCUACGUGGGGGCGGCGUGGGAUGAGAGAAAAGAGAAUAGUGAACUGAAGGAGAAAAGAGAAAACUAUGCAUGGUGAGCCUCAUGUAGGUAGCCCGCACCAGGUGGAGAGUGUGAGG